CUUUAAGUCGUCCAGCUCAAGGCAUGUUUUCUCAGGUUUCUAUAAACCGCGAGCGUUUCUUAAAGAAUGUCGAAGGAUUUCGAGAUAAGUGUUCUCAAAUUUUUAAAGUUGUUCACAACCGACUUGCUCUGAUUUUCAAACUGAUCCGCGAUCGUUUUACACAGGCUCACCAGGGCCUCCGCGAUCGUUACACUCAGGUAUUUCAAAAAAUUGGUGAUCGUUUGAGUAUUGUGAAAAACAGCCGUAAUGUCUCACAACGAUUCGAACUCCGGCAACUGAAACGGGCCAUUAGUCCUUAUAUGUUUGCUUACCCGUUUCGAAUAGGAAAAGCUGUCAUAAUUUCACUUGUCUGUAUUUCUGUGCUUCUAAUAACUUCGAGUAGCUUUCUGUCUUCUGAGUCCGAUGUUCGGAUGGAAAGAUUCGCUCCCGCAGAGAAGGAGGGGUCUCGUUUACCAGUGGCUGUAAUGACCCCACAGCCUGCUCCUGCCCAGGUAGAACCUGAGAUCUCAGUGAAGUCCAAAUGGAUUGGGGUGCGGGAAGCCGGAAGCUGGACUGAUAAUUGGAUUAAUAUCAACGCAGACUUGAACGUUUAUUCAGCGUACUUUGAUAAGCGUUCCAGUUUACGCGAGGGACCAAUCAUUAGGAUAACUGGCAAAACGGAAAGUAAACCUACGAUUUUGGCAGCAUAUAUUGAGUGUUGGGCUAAAAUAAUAUCGUCUGAAGGAGAGGAAAAAGUUUUGAAAAUUAAAAUGAGGGAUUCAGAUAUUGACAAGCUACAUAAUUCUUGCAUUUUGAAAUGUUCUCACGGAGAUUUUACGGCAAAUGUACCUACACAUGUGGGCGUAAAGCUUAUUUCGUCGUCGGAAGACCCAACGUGGAUCAAAAUACACCAAAUUCCUGAGCCUAAAAUGGAUUCAGAAAUAAACAUUGCUGUAUGUGUUCUACCAUUUUUUGGUCCCAUGAACGACACUCAAUUAUUAGCCGAGUUCGUAGCAUUUUAUUCCGUUCUUGGUGUUCGCCAUUUUUCAUUUUAUGACUAUGACACAACGCCAAACUUUCGGAGACUGUUGGAUGUUAUAGCUCAGUCUGAAGACCUGUCAGUGGACAUACUUCCAUGGGAGCUUACGUGGGAAAAAAGUGACGAUAGUGAUAAAAAAGCGGGAUCCAGCUUUGCUUACUUCUCCGCGUUCCAAGACUGUGGCUAUCGGCACAUGCAUCACUACUCCCACCUGUUGUUCUUGGACAUUGACAAUUUUUUGACCCCUUCUAGUCACAACCACACAACCCUAGUGGAGCUAAUUAAGACUCUGGAUGCCAGUGAGAACGGAGCCUGCUGUGAUAUCUACAGAUUCACCCAAGCCAUUUUUUGCCUACAAUUUCCAUCCUUCGUAUCUCCGCACCCAGACUCUUCUAAUUUUAUUACAUUUGCAAAACGCAUAGCCCGACCGGCAAUUGUCCUGUCCUCUCAUUGGCCAGGUUUUUUCAGAUAUUUUGUUCGACCAGAGAAGGCUUAUAUGUUCGGACCCCAUGACAGCUUUAUGCUUCCGCAGACCACAAGAAAGAGUAUGGCCAAACCAGCCUUGAUUCAUCACUAUCUUGAUUUACAACUAUGCGACUUUAAUAAAGAAAGACAAAAAGUAAUAUAUGUUGAUCUGAUACCUAAUCUGUAUGGCGAAGAGAUGCUGAAAAUUGUGUCUCCCUGGAUCCGUUACAUUUAACGAUUUAGCACAGAUUAUUUAUAAUAUCGCUUCUUCUUAUGCCACAGAAAUAUAAGUGUAAACAGGUAUAAAUAAAUAAAAAAUGUUGUUGCA